CAUGAAAAUUAAAUAAAAAGGGAUUCUGCAGCAUCCAACAUCUUAAAAUAUUCAUGAAAAAUCUAGGUCGUUCAGACUCUUGUCUCUCUAAUCGUGUGGCCGCUGAGCAGCAUUUUCCCUGGUCCACACACAUUUUCCCACACUUUUCUAGAGAUAAUCUGAGAAUCAUAUAAAAAGGAAACCUAUGGCAUUCUUAGCUUCACCAUAGCAGAUAGUGCAAGCUCAUCGCCUUACUUAAUUCCACAACUUGUAAGUUCUCUUCAGCCUUGUUUUAGCUAGCACUUGUUUUAGCCUUCAUCAUCAUGGCACCAAACAGAGAAACACUAGUUGACUCUUACUCAAAGAGUGGUAACAAAGCCCACACGCCCCGUAGACUUUCAAUGGAAAAUCUCCAAAGAACGAUAUCUGACAUCUCAUUUGAACUCAGCAAGGAAGGAGUUGAUCAUCAUGCGAAGCUCGCACCGAUUUCUGAGAUAGAAGAUGCCAAGUGUGAGUGCUGUGACAUGUGUGAAGAGUGCACCCCUGAGUACAUAAAACGAGUGCGAGACAAGUUCUCAGGGAAAUUGGUUUGUGGGUUAUGUGCAGAAGCAGUUAGUCAGGAAAUGGAGAAAAAUGGAGGCAAUAAAGAAGAGGCCUUGAACGAGCACAUGAAUGCAUGCGUAAGGUUUAAUAGGUUUGGGAGGGCAUAUCCUGUCUUGUCCCAAGCUGAAGCCAUGAGGGAGAUGCUAAAAAAGAGUGCAAGUCUUCGAGCCAAGUCCAUUAGUCCUAGAGAUAGAGGUGGUCACCAGAAGGGUACUCCGGGCAUUGCAAGGAGCUCUAGUUGUAUUCCAUCAUUCACAAAGGUAGAUCACUGACCGGAGAAUGAUCAAUUGAGCUCUUUUAUGGAAGUGAUCCGGUUCAUUUAGGAUUGUAUUUCUGUCCACAGUCUUGGAGCUUGCUUAAAACCAUAUUGAGUCUUCUUUAGUUUGCAAACAAGACUCUUCUUUCCUCUAUAAACCACUUCGGCUGAUAUAUGUAGACUUCUUCCUUCAAGUUACAAUAAAGAAAUAUUAUUUUGACAUCUAGGUAUUCAAGAAGCAAGUUUUAGGUAACCAUUAUCCUAUGAUUAUUGUAAGCUUCAUAACUGAGACCCUUUUAUACUGAAACAUUUCACAACGAGUAUGGCCUUGAACCAUAGUUAU